AUGAGGUGUCGAUACACCCCAAUGCAGCAAAAAGCCUCAAAAGGAGACGAAGGCUCAAACGAAAGUCCCCUGCAGCAGCAGCAGCAGCAGCAGCAGCAGCAGCUGGAAGAGGUGUGGGAAGAAGCGUCUGCUGCAACAGAUAUCCCCCGAUAUCUACUGCAGGAGGAGGAGGAGCAGCAGCAGCAACAGCAGCAGCAGCAACAGCAGCAGCCACAGGAUGAUGUUUCCUCUGCCUCCAUUCUGCUGCCUCUUGAAGCUUCAGCAGCAGCAGCAGCAGAAGCAGCAGCAGCAGCAGCAAAGACAAGCAGUCUCUACGAGGGAGAGAUAAACGCAAGAUCCCCUUCGCCUGCAACGCCAGCGCCGCAUGCAGCCCCACAACCUGCUGCAGCUUCCUUGCAGCAACAGCGGCAGCAGCAGCAGCAGCAGCAGCAGCAGCAGAAGCAGCAGCAGCAGCAGCAAUUGGCCCCACACUUGACGAGACAGCCCAAAGUAGCAAAUGCUGCUGUUGAAAACCAGAGGCAGACGCAUGCAAAAAGCCGCAAGGAGGACGCAACAACAACAGCAGCAGCAGCAGCACCAGCUGCUGCUGCUGCAGCGGGGCCUGGAACAGCUACAGCAGCGCCUGAAGCACAUCCUGCAACAGCAGCAGCAGCAACAGCAGCAGCAGCAACAGCAGCAGCAGCAGCAGCUCCCCCAUUGGGUGGCGAUGGGUCUCUGCAGCGCAUGCAGCUGAGGGGUUUGGGGCUGCGUGUGGGGCCGGAGUUAAAGGGUGCAUGCAACAGCAGCGUUCGUACAGCUGGAGAAGAGGGGGCCUCUUCUGCUGCAGCAGCAACAGCAGCAGCAGCUGCUGCUGCUGCCAGUUGCGGCAACAAACACUCGCGCAGUCCUUCACCAGCUGUAGAGGAGACAGGCGAAUGCUACAAGCGUGAAGGCAGGGGCUUCAUAAAUAAAAGUGGGGCCCCGCAGCAGCAGCAGCAGCAGCAGCAGCAGCGGUGGCAGCAGCAAUGGCAGCAGCAGUGGCAGCGCCAUCUACCGCUGCUGCAGCAGCAGCAGCAGCAGCACCACUUCUCUUAUGCUCCCUUUAAGAGUUUUACGCUGCAACAAGCAGCAACUCUCAUGGAGCUCGACGGCAUGGCUGUCAGGCCCCCCUUGAAGCAGCAGCAGCAGCAGCAACAGCAGCAGCAGCAGCAGCAGCAGCCAGCAUUGCCGUAUUUAACAGGGGCGCGAGAGAGCGCUUGGGGGGCCCCCUUCCUGAAAGCGGGGCCCCCUGCAGCAGGUGCUGCAGCACCUGCUGCUUUUGGUUGUUAUUCUCAAGCAGCAGCAGCUGCUGCAGCAGCAGCAGCUGCAUCUGGUUUGCUGCUAGCGCAUAACAGCAGAUUACCCCCGCUGCAGCCUUCAAAGUCAAGGUGGGGGCCCCCAGGGAUGUCUCUUGCGAACCCUGAAGCCCCUGCUGCGCGGCAGCAGCAGCAGCAGCAGCAGCAGCAGCAGCAGCAGCAGCAGAUGAUGGGGGGUUUCAAAUAUAGGCCACAUGCAAGGGAGGCGCUGUAUCAGCAGCAGCAAAGAGUGUUCUUCCGUCGUCUGCAGCAGCAGCAGCAACAACUGCAGCAACAGCAGCAAAUGCAGCAGCAGCAGCAGCAGUGGCGCGCUGUGGAGUACGGCGACUGGAAACUGUUCGCAGAUUGGCCCGGUAAGGCACAGCAGCAGCAGCAGCAGCGGCGGCAGCAGAAGCCGAAGCAGCACCCGCAGCAGCAGCAGCAGCAGCAGCAGCAGCAGAAGCAGCAGCAGCAGCAAGACUCCUCUGAUCAACGGGUGCGGCAGCCCCCAAAGCAACAGCAGCAGCAGCAGCAACAGAAGCAGCAGCUGCUGCAGCGGCAGUGGCAGCAACAGCAGCACCAUCAAAGUGAAGCAGCAGCAGCAGCAGCAGCAGCUGCUGCUGCUGCUGCAAAGGAACCCUUUGUAACUGAUGGCUGGCAGCUGCUGACUGCUGCUGAUUGCGCAACCCCUAGGGGGCUCGGUGUCUCCUCUUUGCAGCAGCAGCAGCAGCAGCAGCAGCAGCGGCAGCAACAGCAAAGGAGGAGUGAUGGCAGGGGCCCCACAGCACCUUUGGGCUGGCUGAGCGUUCCUGCUGCAGCCAGCAGCAGCAGGCCGCAGCAGCAGCAGCAGCAGCAGCGCCUGCGCACAUUCUAUUCUUUAAAUGAAUCAAAGAACAGCACAACAAGGAGACCCGACUGUCUCCUGCAUGCAUCGCGUAACUCGCUUGCCCCCUCAGCAGCAGCAGCAGCAGCAGCAACACUACCACCGCCACCAACCGCAGCGGAAGCAGUCGCUGGCCCUCCCGCAGCGACAGCAGUACCAGCAGCAUCACCAUCAGCACCAGCAGCAGCAGCAGCAGCCGCAGCAGCAGCAGCAGCAGCAGCAGCACUUCCUGUGCCAUCUGUGGGGUACUGCCGGGACAGCCUUGAGAGGAAGCACGGGGCUGGUUUGCUGCAGCAGCUGCUGCAGGAGAACGAAGCCUUUUUGCUGCGCCCCUACCCAGCAGCAGGGGGUUCUUCGCUGCUGCAGCUGCCAGCCCCCCCUGGGGCCCCCAAACUUAAUGCAAAGCAGAAGCCGCUGGGGCUUUCAAGGGGCCCCUCAAGGGGCCCCACUGCUGCAGGGGGCCCCCUAAGGGGGCCCCCAGGGAGCCCCUUAAGGGGGCCCCCAGAGGGGCCCCCUCUAUCUGCUUUUCUAUCAGGUGAAGAUUUAAGUCAACCCUCUUUGCUGCAGCUUAUCCCAGACGAACUCUUUCAUGGGCCCCCACGGAGGCAGCAGCUCCUACCUCAACCGCGGCUUAUGACUUCAGCAGGGACCCAGGGGCCCCCACGAGCAGCAGCAGCAGCAGCAGCAGCUGCUGCUGCUGCUGCUGCUGCUUCCCCUGUUCAAGCAGGAACGACUGCAACUUCAACCGCAAAAGCUGCAGCUGCAGCGACAGCAGCAGCAGCAGCAGCAGGAAGGUCUUCUGUGUGGGGGUCUCCCCCGCUCAGGAAAGAGCGCUGGCCUCAAGGGCCUGCCAUUCGCAGCAGCAGCAGCUCCCGUCUGGGGAUCGACGAUCCCAAACCCCACACUCUCAAUUUCAUGAGCAGCCGCUCUCUGGUGGAGCGGCCCGCCAGCUCCUCUCUGCUUCUUACUCCCUCAACCCGCAGUCAUAGCAGCAGCAGCAGCAGCAGCAGCAGCAGCAGCCGCGAGCCCAGGUCUGCUACCGUGACUGCAGUGGCUGCUGCUGCUGCUGCCGCUGCGGCUGCUGCUGCAGACGGAGCAGCAGCGGCAGCAGCGGCAGCAGCCGAGGAUAGCGAUAGGCUUCCUGCCAGCACCCGAGCUGUAGAAGAGCUGCUGCAGCAGCUGCGCCGCAGCAGUUCAUCCUUUAUUAAAGCGGGGGGCCCCCAAGACCCCUGGGGGCCCCUGCCUUCAUCUGUAGGGGGGCCCCCAGCCCCCCGCCCAGCAGUAAAGCAAAGCCCGUACGGCACUCUUGAAGGCCUGAGGCGCUACCUUAAGCGCAGUAGCAGUAGCAGCAGCAGCAGCAGCAGCAGCAGCAGCAACAAGCUGCAAGAGCAAUACCCCCGUGCUGCUGGGAUGCCUUACCACCCUUCACUCACACAGUCAGGUAUGGGGGCCCCCCUUAGGGGCCCCUAUACCUCCACUCAAGAAGGGCCCCCGGGGCCCCUGGGGCCCCCGCGGCAGCUGCUAAACAGGACGGGUAGCGCAGCGUUUGCGCAACGCCAGCAGCAGCACCUGCUGCUCCAGCAGCAGCAGCAGCAGCAGCAGCAAGGACCCCUGCUUGCGUCGUCGUCUGCAGCACAGUAUGGGAGGCCCCUAAACCCUAAGCAGCAAACAGCUGCUAGCGGAAACCUCAAAAGAACCCCCUGUCCUCAACACCCCAGACAAAAGCAACGAGAAGCGCAAACUCCACGGAUGCAGCAGCAGCAGCAGCAGCAGCAGCAGCAGCAGCAACUGCAGCAGCAGCAGCAGCAGCAGCAGCACAGCAAGGUCCCUCUUUUACCCAUGGCGUCUUUGGGGCCCGCGAGCCAAAGCAGCUCGUGGUCUGUAGGCGCCUCUGCCCAGCAGCAGUCGCAACAGCAGCAGCAGCAGCAACAGCAGCAGCAACAACGACAGCAGCAACAGCAACAGCAGCAGCAGCUGCAGCAGCAACCACAGCAGCAGCAGCAGCAGCAGCAAGAGAUGUCCCUUCUCUCGGAAUUGUCAUCCGGCGGUGCGCAUAGCGCCCUGGAACAACUGCUGUGCAGCAGCAGCAGCAGCAGCAACAGCAGCAACAGAGGCAGCAGCAAUCCUUCCCGGUGCCCUAGUGCAGGAAGCGAGGGGAGCCCAGCUGCUGCUAAAGACGAAGAAACAAAGGCUAUCGAGGCGUUGCUGCAGCAGCAGCAGCUGCCGCCUCCGCAACAGCAGCAGCAGCAGCAGCAACGCUGCACAGACAAGGACAACGAGCGUUCUCUUGUUGUAGCAACAGACACCGCAGCAUCAGCAACUCUUAACCCUGCUGCUGAUGCAGCAGAGCAGCCUGCUGCUACUGCAGCAGAGCAGCAUGCUGCUGCUGCAGCAGAGCAGCAUGCUGCUCUUGCUGAGCAGCCUGCUGCUGGUGCUUCCGAAGGGGUCCCUAGCGAGCUAGAGGGGGCCCCCCUACUGGAUGAAACUCUGAUGGGGGCCCCCCUAUUGGGGGCCCCCCAGCAGGACAGCUACGACGGCUUAUUGCGCUCGUUUGUAGAGGAGAGGGGGCCCCAAGAGGAUUGGUGCUGCAGCAGCAGCAGCAGCAGCAGCAGCAGGAGCAACGUCAGCUGCAGCAGCCACUGCAGCAACGGCAGCAGCAAAGACAGACAAUCGAUGCACGAUGUAAGGCUGCAGCUGUCUUGUAUUCACCAAGAGGUCCUCUCAAUGUGGCAGCAAACGUGUGCGCAGCAGCAGCAGCAGCAACAACAACAGCAACAACAGCAACAGCAACAGCUGCUGCUGCAGCGCCGGGCCUCCCGUGGCAUGCAGACAAGGGCUCAGCAGCAGCAGCAGCAGCUGACCUCUUCUCGCGCUGCAGACAGCAGGAAGCCCAAAGCGUACUCCUCCGGGGGGCCCUUGGCCUUAACUGCAGCAGCAGCAGCAGCAGCAACAGGAGGCAGCAGAGACAGCUGGGGAUGGGGCUCCUCCUCGCUGUUGCUUUCAUCCCCUCAGGAGAACGGCUUCACGGUAGGAAGUAUAUUAUCAAGAGCAGCAGAAGAGCACGAACGUACCAAGCAGCAGCAGCAGCAGCAGCAGCAGCAGCAGCACGGGGGCUCGUUCCUGCUGCCAUAUGGGCAGGGCCAUACAGCGGAAAGGGCCAGGCGGAGACUCUCUAAACGAACAGACGGCUCAAAAGGGCCCAAUCAGCAGCAGCAGCAGCAGCAGCAGGACGAGCAGCAGCAGCAGCAGCAGGAGCAGCAGCACGAGCAGGAGCAGCAGCAGCAGCCGGGGUGUUUUGCGGAGGCCUCAGCAGCAGCAUCUCACCCUGAAGAGCAGCAGCCUAAGCCCCACACUACCCAGCUGGGCCUGCAUGCAGCAACGCAGCAGCUGCAGCAGCUACAGCAGCAACUGCAGCACGUGCGCAGCCAGCAAAGCAUGUUUGAAGAGAGCAGCAGCAACGGGGGCCCCCUCUCCCUUCAAGCCCUUUCUAGGGGCCCCACAUUCCAAGAGGGGGGCCCCCAGGGGCCCCCGCUAUCUUCACCCCGGUUUGCGCCUUGUCUUGCGGAGACAGCUGGAAGCAGCCAGAGUGGCGAGAAGCUGCUGCUGCAGUCUGCUGACAGCACAGUUAAACCCGAGCCAUACAUUGGCGGGGGGCCCCCAGGGGGCCCCCUGGGGGCCCUCGUGGGGGCCCCCUUAAGGGCCUCCCCUAUGCUGAGAAGAGACAGCUACAGCAGCAAAGAUAUGUCGUUUGCUGACGCGCUGCAGCUUAUUGACUCUCUUGUCUCCCUCACACAGCAGCAGCAACAACAGCAGCAGCAGCAAGAACUGCAGCAGCAGCAGCAGCAACAACAACAACAGCAGCAACCGCUGCACGAACAGCUGCACGAACUGCAGCAGCAGCAGCAACAACAACAGCAGCAACACUGCGAAUCCUCUUCGUCUUUAGCCAGCGCCACUCCAGGCGCCGAAGAAGAUCAACAAGUAAACAUUGCCGACGAGGCCCCUCCGAGCCCCCCUACGGCAAACCCAGAAGGGCCUCCUGCCGCAGCAGCAGCAGCAGCAGCAGCAGCAACAGGAGCAGCAGCAGCAACAGCAGCAACAGCAUCAGAAACAGCAGCAGCAGCAGCAGCAGCAGCAGAUGUUGUUGUGACACCUCGGAAGCCCCACAGCAAGGGAAAGGAUACGUUGCUGGGGCCCUCCAACAGCAGCGGGAGCAGCAACUCGAUCAACUGCAGCGGAGACAGUACCAGCAGCAACAGCAGCAACAACAACAGCAGCAGCAGCAGCAGCAGCAGUGCAGACAUGUCUGUCACUCCAUGCAGAGAGGAAUUAAGUUUGGGGGACUCCGCUUUGGCUGCUGCUGAUGUCUUAGCAGCUGAAGUUUCUGAGGCCUCUGUUGGGGGCGUCGUUACCCGAGGAAGCAACAGCAGCAGCAACAGCAGCAGCAGCAGCAGCAGCAGCAGCAGCAAGAGUGGGGGAGAUCAGCUUUCGCUGUCUCCUCGCAACAGGGCCUUUGACUCCGAGCUGCUGCUUGGAAGGGAGCCGCCGCUGUCCCAGGCGACCCUCACCAGCAGAAUAACAGCAGCAGCAGCAGCAGCAGAAACAGCAACAGCAGCAGCAGCAGCAGCACUGGGGCCCCACAGCCAGGAGGAAGCCCUGCUAUACCUUCCUAAGGACGCACAGACAGAGCUGCUGACUCCCCUCAGCAGCAAAAAGACAGCCCUUGGAAACCCGCAAAUAAUAGGAGACACAAACAGCAGCAGCAGCAGCAGCAGCAGCGGCAACAGCAGCAUCAGGAGAAUUCCUUCUGCUGCUGCUGCUGUAACGAAAGCUCUGCUUGAGUUCCACUGGCCUCCAGAGGUGGCCUCCUUCAGCAGCAGCAGCAGCAGCAGCAGCAGCAGCAACCGACUGUAUCGGCGCAUCAAACGCAUGCAAAUGAGAGAGCAGCGAAUGUUGCGGAGACACAUGAAAAAUGCAUGUCUCCUUUCAGGCCUAGAGGCAGCUGUAAGUGCUGCAGCAGCAGUAGCAGAUCUCUGGAAGCAUCAUAACAGCACAGCAGCAGCAGGGGGCCCCCUAGGGGCCCCCCUUCUACAGACACCCGGGCCCCACAGGGGCUGGUGCACGGCCUUGUGGGGAGGCACAGAUGAAGCAGCAAAGCUCGAACCUCAGCAGCAGCAGCAGCAGCAGCAGCAGCAGCAGCAGAAAAGGCAGCAUCUGCAGCAAAAAGAGCAGCAGCUGGCGUUGCAAAAGCAACACCAGCGGCAACUCCAAAAAGAUCAGAAGCAACAACAGCUGCAGCGCCAGCAGCAGCAACAGCAGCAGCAGCAACAGGAGCCGCAGCAGCAGCAGCAGGUACAGCAGCAGCAGCAGCAAAGAGAGACUGGCGGCGAGGUUAGGACAUGGGUUGUAGCUGCUAGGGCCCGGCGAAGCAGCAGCAACACAAUCUGUGGAGGCACAUACAUGAGCUGCAGCAGCAACAACUUCAGCAGCAGCAGCAGCAGCAGCAACAGGCCCCUCGCUGCACAUGAAGAAGCCGAACUCAUGGCGGCUUCUUCUAGCACCUGGGAGAUACAAGCUGCAGCAACACAAGCAGCAGCAGCAGUACCCGCAGCGGCAGCAGCGGCAGCAGCACCAGCGGACCCACAGGGGGGCCUCAAAGCCACCUCUCCAAGGAAGCAACGCACCAACUACCAGUCUGACAGCAGCAGCAGCAGCAGCAGCAGCGGCAGCAGCGAGGAAGACGCAGACAAAGGAGAGUCUCAGGCGGGUCCCUUGCGGGGCGUCGAGCCCACAUCAAGGAGUAGGACAGGCAGCAGCAGCAGCAGCAGCAGCAGCAGCAGCGGCGGAGGCAGCAGCAGCAGCAGCAGCAUCCGCAGUAGUAGCAGCAGCCGCAGUAGCAGCAGGAUGAGAAGCAGCAGCAACAGCAGAGGAGCUGCUGCAGCGGCUGCUGCUGCAGGCAGCCCCACGUCAGCAGACACCGCAGAAGCUGCUGCAUGCGACGACUUCGCCCUUUUGAUGGCUCAGUGGCUCAACUCCAGGCGACGCCCCUCCACUUGGCAGCAGCAGCAGCAGCAGCAGCAGCAGCAAGCAACAACAGAGGAUUCGAGUGCCCCGGACAGCCCCAAGAGACAACGGCAGCGCAGCCCAGCAUGCAGCAACGACAAAGAAAACGCUCACAAGCGUCGAUACAACAGCCAGAGCAGCAGCAGCAGCAGAAGCAGCAGCAGAAGAAGCAGCAGCAGCAGAAGCAGCAGCAACAGCAGCAGAAACAGCGGCAACGGCAGCAGCAAAGCAACCCAUCAGCCCGCAAGUUCUCCUAGAGCGUCUGCCUCGCUCUCCUCUGCUAGCGAAGUUACCAGCAGCAGCAGCAGCAGCAGCAGGAGCAGCAGCACGGACAGCAGCAGCAGCGGCGGAAGCAGCCGCAGCAGCAUUAGCAGCACAAGAAGCAGAGGCAGCCCAUACAAGGGCAGCAAAACGCCGUCCCUCCUGGAGUCCCUUGAGCCCGAAGAGGCUGCUGCUGCUGCUGCUGCUGCUGCAGAACCACAGGCUGCACUGCAGCAACAGCAGCAGCAGCAGCAGGAUGAGUAUCCGAAAGGUUCAAGGCUACCUGUUGCAUGCAGCAGCAGCUCCUUGCCCAGCCUGCGCAAGGCCGCUUCAGCGGGGCAUUUUUUUUUCAGCAACAGCAGCAGCAGCAGCAGCAGCAGCAGCAGCAGCAGGAGUAGGAGUUGGAAGAGCUUGGGGGAGGGUGUUCAAGCAUUGAGCGCGAGGUGUACGCACAGCAGGCAGCUGCUGCUGCAAGCAGAAGCGGGGCGCCGUCGGCGUUUGCGAGGAUUUGCUGCUGCAUCAAAAACGCAUGCAGAGUGCAUGCAGCACUUUAGCAGAAGAAUGGGGCUGGACCCUCUUAAAAGAGUCUUCUGUCUUGAGAGUUCAAAACAUAGAGCAGGCAUAGCGCGCAAACAUACCCAUUCAGCAGCAGCAGCAGCAGCAGCAGCAGCAGCAGCAGGCGCAGCAGCAGCAGGAGUAGGAACAGCAGCAGCAUCAAGAACAUCAGGAACAGGAGCACCAGUACCCGCACCAGCACCAUUACCAUCAGCAGGAGCACCAGGAGCAGCAGCAGCAGCAGCAGCAGCAGCAGCAGAAGAAGAGGAAGAAGCACAGCAAAGAAGAGGCGGGACGACAGUAGAGUCUUGUGUUGGUGCUGCGCUGCAGCGCCGUGGCUGGGCUUACAACAGAGAGCUGAGUUCUUCGUUUUACGAUUUGAAGUGGAGCGUAAAGCAAAGAAAGAGAGAUAUACUUUUAGCUAAACCGCAGCAGCUGCUUAACCAUUUUGAGGGCAGCGAAGCACUUACUACUAAAGGGGGCCUUAAUGCUUCGCUGCUGCAACUCAGGUGUACAGACAGCAUCAAUAUAUUUGCUUUCUAUCCACGUACAUACGAUUUGUCUUCAUUAGCAGAUUCUGCUGCUUUUGUUCUUGACUGGGCAAGAACUGAGGCCCUUCUUGUUCUCUUAUCUUAUCUAAAACAUACAACAAGCUGUCUUAUCUCUGCUGCUGCUCCUGCUGCUCCUGCUGCUCCUGCUGCUCCUGCUGCUGGUACUGCGGGAAGGAGCAGCAGCAGGCCUCCUUCUUUGCGGCGAGGCGGUGGGCGGGAGCGUAGCUUGACCCCUUACCCUGCAGCAGCAGCAGGAGCAGCAGCAGGAGCAACAGAUAGUUUUGAUCUGAGGUGUGUGUACACCCGAGAGGCGGUGCUGCUGCCUUGGCUAGCUGUGGAAGUGUUGGAGGCGUGGCUUCCAGAACUGCUUCCUGAUAGAUAUUUAGAUAGCGUUGAUUUGCUGCAGCAGCAUGAGCCUCUGUCUCCCGCUCAUAUAGAAGCCUUUUCUACUGUUGCUUGGUGCAUGCGGCAACACCCCACACCCUUCAUUGCACACUGGCAGCAGCAGCAGCAGCAGCAGCAGCAGCGGCAGCGGCAUCGGCAGCAGCGGCAGGGAGAGGAGGGAGAGGAGCAGGUGCUGCAGCAGCUGCUGCCGCCUCAGCAGCAAACAGUAGGGGGCCUCGCAAGCCUGCAAAGGGGGCCCCCAAGCGAAUUGGUGCUGCAGCUGCUGAGACAGAUCAAAGCAAAUUGGCCUCUGUGGGGUACUGACAUCGGCAGCAGCGCAGACGUCGAUAGACUCCUAGGCAUUACAAACAAGCAGCAGCAGCAGCAGCAGCAGCAGCAGCAGCAGCAGCAGCAGCAGCAGCAACAACAAGAGGAGUGGCCCAGCAGAAAUAUUUGGAUAGUCAAACCCUGCAGCAACGCCCGCGCCUCUGGAGUUAAACUCUUCACUUCUCCUCUUGAGAUCCUUAGAUCAGGCAGGGGUUUAAGAGGCCGACUGGUGCAGCGUUAUAUAGAGCGCCCAUUACUAUUAUUUUUUUCUCGCAAGUUUGAUGUGCGUGUGUGGGUCUUAGUUAGACUUAAAAGGCGCCACCCCACACACAACCACCAUCAUCAUCAUCGUCAGCAGCAGCAGCAGCAACAGCAGCAGCAACAGCAGCAGCAGCAGCAGCAACAGCAGCAACAGCAGCAACAACAGGAAUCCAAGAUAGAGAUACCGCGACUCAAACAAGGCAAACGCAAGGAGCGAGACGGAGCAGGAGCAGCAGCAGCAGCUGCUGCUGCUGAGGGUUCUGCUUCCGCUUCAGCUGCUGCUGCUGCUGCUGCUGCUGUUGGGGGGCACUCUGUUGUGUGCGAGAAGUGCUUAGAAGAGGAAGAGAGUGUAGAGGGUGUCCUUCCUGUAGACUACUUAUGCUGGUGCUUAGCUGAGCGUACAGGAGACAGCAGCUACUGGCCCUGUGUGCUGCUGCCGCAGCUGCGGCUGCUCGUGCUGCAGGCUGUGAGAGCGGGGAGGCCGCAGGUGGUGCAGCGCAGCAGCAGCUUCGAACUCUUUGGCUUUGAUGUUUUACUUGAUGAAGACCUUAACCCCUGGCUCUUAGAAAUCAAUCUCAGCCCCGCAUGCAGCAGCAGACAGCCCUGGAUGCAUGCGCUCCUAACAGAGAUGACGGAACAACUCCUAAACCUUGUUCUGCCUCAAACACACAAUCAGCAGCAGCAGCAGCAGCAGCAGCAGCACAAGGGGGCCCCUAAAGGGGCCCCCAGUGACCUGGCUGAGGCACACCUAAGGAAGCUGCAAGAAGGAGAGAAGAAGGGAGAGGCCCCACAACAAGCUGCAUGCGCUCCUCUUCAUGAGGCCCCAACCCAACCUAUAACAAAAGAAAAUACCUCCAACGCUGCUGCUGCUGCUGCAGCAGCAGCAGCAGCAAACAGGGGACAAUGGGAGCUUAUUUUUGAUGAAAGUCUGCCCCUCGAUGUCGCCAUUAAAAAAUUUGCUCCUCUCUUUCCUCAAGACAAAGACAAGGGGGGCCCCCAAGGGGGGCCCCCAAAGGGGCCCCCAACAAGCGAAGAAAGAAGAGAGAAUAUCAGUGAAGGCAGCGCCAGACUGAUCAAAGAAAUAUAUGCAGAGGGGGGGGCCCCCGCCUCCUUCUGCUCCGUAACUGCAAGGCAAGCUAAGCACGAGCUGUACGUACAGGGUAGACGAAUUGCAUCAAGUGGAUACGCUGCUGCUGCUGCUGCUGCUGGAGCUGCUGCAGCUGCAGCAGCAGCAGCUGCUGCUGCUGCAGAGCAACGCCAGCUGCAGCAACUUCAGAGAAGCCAAGAGCUCAGAGAAGUAUAA